ACGAGGAAGGUUUUGUCGCGGGCACGAAUGGAUUCCUUGUGCGCGGCAAAAUGGCUUCUCGUGGUGGCUUCGUUGAUGUCGUCCACUUCAGUCAGUGGCCAACACAAAUUGUUAUUUCCUGCCAGACCUCGCCUUCAAAAAUUGUUCGGCUCAAUCCAUCCUCAAUUUUCAUCGAUGGUUGGUCAUUCAGCGGACGAGAGGUCGUCACUCGCCACGUCUGCAGAAGACGAGCCCGCACCUCGCACUGACGAUAUAAGUUUUCCCGCUUCUUCGCCUUUCUACAAAGCUCGUGUACAGGAAGGAAAUAACGCUUUGCGUCUCCCGAGUACCUGCUACGGUAGCUGCACGUAUAAAGAUGACCAUUUUGUGAACACUACGCAUCCUGAUUGGCUCGACAGCUUUCAUCGUGUCAGGUUUGAACACACAUUUAUGAACGAAGCGGAUAAGAAUUCAAGAUCCUUCAGAUCGCGAUCGGUAUCUGAUGACGGUGUUCGACCAAACACAUACUUGCCAUGGGGUGAUGCCAAAAUUCGGAGAAGCAGAGGUAGCCUCCGAUUUAUAGAUCCCAAAUACCCGAACGAACAAGCUUUUGUUAGACCCUCAGUAGAUGAGCGUAUCAGAAGCUCACGUUUGGUAUCUGGCACUGCAUCGGCGCCACAUUCACAUUACCAGAGGUCAAGCUUUAAUGUCACAUCCUUAUCCCACGAUAAAGCCGCUGGUGCAUUAUUUGCCUUGAAUGACCAAUCCAAAUAUAUUAAUAACGAACAAUGGAAUAUUCUUCACGAACCCAGGGAUCACCUACAGGCGCCAAAAGAGUUUGUUCACAAUGUCCUCUCCCUAACCUCCCCGAUUGAAGACUUGACUAGUACAGCAGUUCCUUUGGUUGCCCAAAGUUUGCCGUAUCGACGUCGAAGAACUUUAAGUACUUUUCCUAGAAUGUCUUCAGGCAAUCGGCAUCUUAAUCGGAGAAGAAACAGAAAACGGAACCGAACGGAAGGAAAAAGAAAACGACACUUCAAUAAUAUUGCUGAAAUAAUAGAAGCACAACGUCAAGAAUCCAACAACGACAGUCAUAAAAAUGACAUUGCUCUCGAUCAAUAUUAUGAACCUCCCUCUCGUGAGGGUAGCAUUGAAAUUAAAAACCGUUCAAUUCCUAUUCACUAUUCAACAAGAGGUAGAAGCGUAACAAAGCGUUUAGUAGACGACGAACAGAAUGGCGAUGCUUAUUUUGAUGCAAGUCUUUUAGGGCGCGCUGUUGAUCAGUUCGAACAACCAUCGGGCACCAAUGGCUUCUUCGCUGACCCGUCUCAGCUGUCAGGCAUUUCUGACUUCGUGAACCGACCUUUCAUCGAUUUUGGAGCCCCAUACAAAGCGAAACAUUUCUCAAGCUCAUUUCCGAACACGGGACAAGUUCACCAUUCAACGGUUUAUGCCGACAGCUAUACGCAUAAACCAGUCAAACUUAUCACUUCUAGUUAUGUUGAGCCGUCCGUGUAUCAGCCCCAGGUUUUGCCGAAAUCUUCGUCCAGUUUCACAUAUGAACCACAAUCUCAAAACUACAGCCCAAAAGGAUCACAUGAACCAGCCACGGAGCAUCACACCUCAUAUAAGGGACCUUAUUCGUACCGUUUUGGGUACGGCGUCAAAUCGAAAUAUCACGGCACUCGGUUUCAGCAUAAGGAGCAAAGACAUGGCAAAACGGUGUCUGGAGAGUAUCGCGUUCAUUUGCCGGACGGGCGCGUGCAGAUCGUGAGCUACACCGCGGAUGAGAAAGGCUACCGCCCCGUCGUGACGUACGCGCAUCCCGAAGGAGGCGCGGCGAACUCUGGGACGGCUCACCACAAAUCCCGCUCCCUCAGCCACAGCCAAUUCAACACCUAUCAUCGAUGAAAUUGGAGCUGACAGAACCGUGUAAAGUGCACGAGAAUAUGGAAUGGUUUAAUGGAUUGCUAAUGUUACAAUCGCUUACAAACUUAGCUAUCUAUGGAAGAAAUAUAGAAGAUCGUCUAAAACUUCAUUAGACAUUGAUAAAUUAUUAUUUGUAUAAAUUUAAACUAAUAGGUAAUCGAAGCUGGCAGGAUUAUUUGUCAUUACGGCACAAGUUAUAGACGCUUGCUAUUUAGUCAAUCAAGCGUGUAACUGUAGUUAAGAUCUCGUUUAAGGAAGUAAGGAAUGAAAGACCCUCCACGCCGAAAGAUUAUAUAGUUUUAGAUUAUAACGAGUGAUCUCCUAUGAGACAUGAACAUUCUUAAAAAUGAAACUUUUUUGAGCGGAAUAAUUCUCCUUAGUGUAACAUGUCAGCUAUUCGACGCUCUUGCUAAUAAAAUGGAAGAGCUGCUCCGGUGAACUGAUCAUUAAUGAGCAACCCUGACGAAUUCCCUCUAUAUACAUAUUCAUAUAUUUACUUUACUCUUGUACUUUCGAACGUAUAUUUGCAGUUUUUUCGUAAUGAUUUCAUAGCGUAUGCCAAGUUAAUUUUAAUUCUGUCAAAGUUUAUCGAAAGUGUAAAUGAUUUUAUUCCAAUUUGUUAUAGUUUGUUUGUUUUUCUUCUUACUACCUUUCCUUGUUGAUCAAUCUUCAACUUUC